AUGAAGUUGCCGGUGGAAACCCGAGAUAGCUCCCUUUAUUGUAAGUUCCAUUGUGAUGUAGGGCAUGAAACCAAAGAUUGCAAGAGUCUGCGCAGAGCUCUCAGUGGAUUAGCCGGUAAAGGAUUUCUGAAAUCAUAUCUCAGCACGAGCACCGGGGGAAAUGGUAAAAAGUUCUAUAAGAAAAGUAAGUCACCGUCAUAUCGGCGUGAUAGCAAUGACACUGAUCCAGAAAUCAUAGCCGUCAUCUCUGGAGGCCUAGCCGCUGGGGGCCCAACCAUGAGAGGGCAAAAGGACUAUGCAAGCCGGUUGGGGCAGGUAAUGUUGUCAGGAAAAGCUCCAAUGGACCACUUCCCUAAAUUAGAGAUUUGUGAAGCCGAUAGAGGCAAUAUAGCCACUCCUCAUGACGAUCCCUUGGUUAUUGAACUGAAGGUAGCGAACCUCAAAGUAAGGCGUAUCUUAGUAGACACGGGGAGUUCGUCAGAUAUUAUUAGUACAGCUUGUCUGAAUCGUCUCAACCAUGAUCCUAAGAUGAUUGAAAAGAUACAUUAUCCCAUCAUUGGAUUUGGAGGCGGCAUAAUUCAUCCCCAAGGGAUAAUCACUCUGCCCCUACGAGUAGGAGGCCGGCAUCAAAGUAGGAACUUGAACGUUCGAUUUCUGAUUGUGAAGGAUCUCACUACUUACAAUAUCAUCUUGGGACGUCCCACUUUGAAUCAGGCCAAAGCAGUGGUCGUCACUCAUCUUAUGCUUAUGAAGUAUGUCUGUGAUAAAGGCCAAGUCGGCACUAUUCAUGGUGAUCAACAACUAGCAAGAGAUUGUUAUCUCACUACACUAAGUCCUGAGGCUUGGGGAGGCAGCAAGACUGAUUAA